AUGGACGGGGGGGUUGGGCCCAGGCUGGGGGACUUCCUGAACAGCAGCCUGGCCACCUGGGUGCUGGGCCUGGCUGAGCUGGUAGGAGAUGGGCAGGAUGGGGAAGAGGAGGAGGAAGAAGAGCCCCUCAGUCCCAGGGGUCAGUUCCUGCAUCUCAGCGACGGGGUUCUGCUACAUCGGGUCAUGGGGCUCAUAGCCCCCAGCUCCAGAGGGGGGGGUCCCUGGCUGACCCGGGCUCGGGGGACCCCCGGAGCCCGGAGGGUGGAGAGCCUGAGCCGCCUGAGGAGCCGCCUGAGGGAUUUCUACCAGGAAGAGCUGCAGCUGCUGAUCCUGACGCCUCCUCCGGACCUCCAGAUCCUGGGCUUUGACCCCCUUUCAGAUGAGGCUGUGGAGGAGCUGGAGGGGAUCUUGAAGCUGAUGUUGGGGGCCUCCGUGCAGUGUGAGCACCGAGAGCUCUUCAUCAGGCACAUUCAGGGCCUCAGCUUGGAGAUCCAGAGCGAGCUGGCGGCCACCAUCCAAGAGGUGACCCAGCCGGGGGGAGGAGCCGUGCUGGCCAUGGAUGGACCGGAGCUGGUGGAACUGGAACGGGCGCAGCUGGAGCUGAGGCUGCGGAGCCUGAUGGGAGCUCUAGGGAGACUGGUGCGGGAGCGGGAGCGGGCCGCUCAGCGGUUGGCGGAGCUGUUGUUGGAGCAGGAGGCGCCCGCUCCCCAGGGCCCCCCCAGGAUCCCCCAGGACGAACCCCCCCACCACCUGGCCCUGCAACUGGCAGAUACCAAGGCCCAGCUGAGGCGCCUGCGGCAAGAGCUGGAGGAGAAGGCAGAAGAGCUGCUGGACUCUCAGGGGGAAGUGCAAGGCCUGGAGGCUGAAAUCCGGCGACUGCGACAGGAGGCCCAAGCGCUGUCGGGAGCGGCCCGACGGGCAGGGUUGUACCGGGAGGAGGCCGAGGCCCUGCGGGAGCGGGCCGGGCGUCUACCGCGGGUGCAGGAGGAGCUGCGGCGUUGCCGGGAGAGGCUGCAAGCGUUGGAGGCCUGCAAGGGCCAGUUGGAGGAGGAGAGGGCGCUUUCGGGGGCACUGGAAGCAGCCCGGGCACUGCUGGAGGGGCAACUGGAAACCGCCCGGGAGCGCUGUGCCCGACUGCACGAGGCUCAGAGAGAAAAUCUGCUGUUGCGGGCUCGACUCGGGGAGGCCCAUGCGGAGCUGGAUUCGACCCGGCAGCAGCUAGACCACCUUCUGGAAGAGAACGUGGAGCUGGAGGUGGAGUUGAGGCAGAGUCUGAAGACCCCCCUCAGCCCUGCCGGGGAGGUCCCCUCUCCGGCCUGGACCCCGUCUCUGCAGGAGGAGGUGAGAGAGGCUGAGAUUGGACAGCUGCGGAACUUGGAGCGGGAGAAUCGGGAGCUGCGAGCCCGGCUGUGGGGACUGCAGGGGCAGCCCCCAUCCCAGACCCCCUGGCCUGAGGUCGGGAAUGAGGAAGGGGGGCUCCCCCAGGCUUCGGAGCCCCCCGAGAAGGACCAGCCCAUCCAGCGGCGUGAUCCUCCCACGAAGGAGACCUCCGGCAUCGCGAACCCUCCUGGAGCCCCGCUACAGACUCUGGUGGAGGCCAGGAGACGGGAGGCUGAGUCCCGGGAGCCGGAGGGCAGGAGACAGGAAGCUGAGUGCACAGGAUCGGAGGCCGGGAGGCAGAAAGCGGAGUCCCUGGAGCUGGAGGCCAGGAGGGAGGAUGCUGAGUCCCGGGAAAUGGAGGCCCAGACGCAGGAGGCUGAGCCCCCGGAGCCAGAGGGCAGGGGACGAGAAGCUGAAUCCCAAGAGCUGGAGGGUAGAAGGCGGGAGGCUGAUUCUCAGGAGCCAGAGAGCGAGGCCCGGGCAGAGCAGAAGUUAGUAAGAGAGGCCGGAGCCUGGGAAGGGGUGAGAGAAGCUACGGGGCAACAGCUGAAGAAGGAGGCUCUGGAAGGGGAGGAGGACAAGGAAGCUGGGGUAGAACAAGAGCGAGAGGCCCAGAAUGGGGAGCAGAAGUCGUCGGAGCCGAGACCCAAGGGGCAGGGAGGGGAAGUCGUGCGGGAGAGGGAACCUCAGGGGGAGAGGGUGGAGGCCCCUGCCGCGGACAGAGAGGCUGGCGAGCUGAAACACUGGAAACGCAGAACCAUGAGGUGGGAGAAGAGGCUAGAGGAGGAGGCCAGGUGCCAGGGAAGGAGGAUGGAGAGGCCAGAAGGGGAAGCAGGGUCUUGGGAACAGGAGCGGGAGGUUCUGCAGGUCGAAGCGGAGCUCCUGAGGAGAGAGCUGGAGGCUCUGGAGAGGGAGAGGGUGGCCCUGAGGAGGGAGGUGGAGGCUGGGGAGCGGAGGCAGGAGGCUCUGAAGGAAGAAAGGGAAGCCUUGAGGGAAGAGCAGGGGGCCCAGGCCCGGAAGCUGGAGGCCCUGGAGAGGGAACUGGAGGCUCUGAAGGGGGACCAGAAGGCGCUGCAGGGGGAGCUGGAAGCCCAGGGCCGGAGGCUGGAGGCCCGGGCCGCGGAGGCUGCCCUCCUCGGGGAACAGCUGGCCCGGGUCAGGAGGGCGGAGGCUGAGGCCCAGGCAGAAGUGGAGGCUGGGGCUCGGGAGCGGGCCGGACUCCGCGAGGCCCUGGAGACGGCGGGCCGGGAGCUGGAGGCAGCAGGACGGGAGAGGGAGGCCCUGGGGGAGACACUGGGGGCGGCGGGCAGGGAGAGACGCCAGUGGGAGAGGGAAGGACUGAGGCUCCGGGCCCGGGCCCAAGAGGCCGAGGAGAGGCUGCGAGCCAUGGAGAGCCAAGGCCGGGAAUGGCGGGAGGAAGCCGAGAGACAACGGACGGAGAGCCAGGCCCUGAGACAGGAGCUGCAGGGAGCUCUGGCCCAGGGGCAGGAGCUGCAGGCCCGACUGGAGGAGCUUCAGGGGACUCUGCAGCGGGACAACCAGGGCCAGGAACAGAGGCUCCGGGAACAGGAGGAUCGCCACCACAGAGCUUGCGAGGCCUUGGAGCAGCGGCUGAAAGGGGAGCUGGGGGCUGUGCUGGCCACCAAGGACCAGGCCCUGGCUACACUGAGUUCUAGGGCCCAGGAGCUGGAGAGGGAGCUGCUCCUGCUGCAGCAGGGGCCGCAGGGCCUGACGCUCGCCCUGUCCCGUGGAGGUGGGGAUGCCCAAGAGUCCCCGAGUGGCCGACUCAUUGAGGUGGAGCGCAAUAAUGCGGCACUGGCGGCCGAGAAGGCAGCUUUGCUGGCACAGCUGCGGCAGCUGGAGGGGCAGGUGGCCACCCUGCAGGCCCAGGCGCUGGACACGCAGCAGCAGCAGCAACGGACCCAGGCGAACACCAGCCAGUUGCAGGCGGAGAAGGCGGUUCUGGAGGCGCAGGGCCGGGAGCUGCGGGAACGGGUGGAGGCCCUGGAAGAAGAGGUCCGGGGGUCUCGGCGGGCGCGGGAGGAAGCCCAGGGGCAGCAGCGGGCCCUGCUCCGGGACCACGAGGCCCUGGGCCGGCUGCAGCGGCGGCAGGAGGCCGAGCUGGAAGCACUGCUGGGCCGCCAUCGGGAGCUCAAGGCCGACAUCAGGCUGCUGGAGCUGGAGCACAAGGAACUGCAGGGCAGGUAUGAGCAGCUACAGGUUCAGAGGACACAAGUGGACGCCCAGGAGGCCUCUCUGCGGGCAGAGCGGGAGCGACUGGCUCAGGAUGGGCAGCGGCAGCGAGGGCUGGAAGAGGCCCUGCAGCGCCUGCAGGGCGAGCAUGACAGGGCCCAGCUGCUGUUGGCGGAGGCGUCGAGGGAGCGGGGCGAGUUGCAGGGGGAGCGCGGGGAACUGCGGAGCCGGGUGGCCCGCUUGGAGCUGGAGCGGGCUCAGCUGGAGGCCCAGGCCCAGACCCUGCGGGAAGUCAACCAGAAGCUGGACCUCAGCGUCUGCAAGCUAACCACCCAGUGCCAGUUGCUGACAGACCUACGAGCGGCCCAGGAGGAGGAGAACCGGCAGCUGCUGGCCGAAGUGCAGGCCUUGAGCCGAGAGAACCGAGGCCUCAUGGAGCAGAGCCUGGAAAGCCGGGACCAUUUGCAUCGGGAGCAGCGCGAAUACGUGGACCAGUUGAACGCUCUGCGCAGGGAGAAGCAGAAACUGGUGGAGAAGAUCAUGGACCAGUAUCGAGUGCUGGAACCCAGCCCCUUGGCCCGACCCAAGAAGGGCAGCUGGCUGGCCGACAAGGUGAAGCGGCUGAUGCGGCACCGUCGGGAGGGAGGUGGUCCUGGGGGGCUCCACCCUUGGGCCGAGGGGGUCGGCGGCAGCACGGAGAGCCUGAGCAGCUCAGGGGACCUGGACCUCGCCGAGGGGCCUGGCUCGGGCUCUCCGCCCCCCAUGCGGCGGGCCCAGAGCUCUUGGUCCCUGAGGGACGAGGCCGUGACCGGAGGACAGCGGCGGAAGUUGAGCUCCCGUCUCCCCGUGGUGCGUGGUUCGGAGUCCUUCAGCCCCGGGGACUCCCCCCGCCAACGCUUCCGCCAGCGUCGCCCGUCUCCCCUGGGAACGGCCCCCGGCUCCCGGCCUAAAGUGGCUGCAACGGGAUGGGACGGGGUGCCCGAAGCCCCGGAGGAAACCGGAGAGGAUACCAGCCUCGAAGGCCACACGGAGCUGCAGCAGAAGCCUCCCCUCACUUCCUCCCUCAGUCAGUGACCCGGCGGCCCUCAGCCCCGGCCAGGGCCCGGGGUGGGAAUGCCAGGGGAGCCAACGGAUGCAGGCCUCAGCCCCGGGGCCCAGGGCGGGACAUCAGGGAACCAGCCGAUGGGAUGGGAUGCCAGGGGAAUCGGUGAACGCAGGCCUCCAUCCCAAGGCCCGGGGCAGGACACUGGGGAGCCCAGAGGAUGGACGCCUCAGCUCCAGGACCCGGGGCGAGAUGCCAGGGGAGAGCCGGGGGAUGGAGUCCUUAGCUGACGGGUCCAGGGAGCCAGAAGAUGGACACAACCCUCAGCCCCAGGGCCCGGGGAGGGACACCAGGACCCCCGAGCUGAUGGGAAGGCCCAGCGGGCGGGCGGAGGGCCGACGACAACUCGGCCGUUUGUGGUGGAAGGGAGGGAUUCUCUGCCCGCUCCCCGUCCCCCCGUGUGCCUUGGGCCCUCCCGGGUGGAGAGGAGCAUUAGCCGACCGGGUGGCGGGGGAAUAAAUUGGGUUGGAAGAUGUCCGAGGAGGCCGGAGGGCCUGGAAGCCGCAGACUGAGGCUACUUUAUGUGCAGCGGCAGCACAGGACCCCCGGACGGGGAAGUAUUGGGGAGGUGCAAUGUAAGAGGAAGGCGACGAUGGAAAGUCUUCCAGCCCUGGGAAGUUAGAGUAGUAA